AUGAUUCAUAAUUAUGGACACAUAGAUGGAGAUAGUGGAUUGAUGACAUCGUAAUUUCAUCUUGGAGAUUCUCCAAAAGCAAAUAUUGAUUACAGUCAUAGUGAAAGAAUAGAAACUUUAGUUUAGAAAAGCAUUAUGCAAUCAGAAAUCAGAAAACGUAAAACAGGAGAAUCUUAAAGUCUUAUAGAGCACUCAAAUAUGUAAUUAAAUGGUCACUUGUUACCUUAAAUCACAUUAAAUUGUUAAUCGCCAGCAAUUUUUGAUUAAAUAGCACUUGAACUUGAAUAAUAGUAAUUGAUAUUUCAUAAUUUUAUCGAGUAAUUAUACUUGUAUAAUGAGAGAAGCAAAUCAAAUGAUGUUUCUUUAAACAAAGCAUGAUUCAUUAUGUUAAAAGAUUAUAAAGAAUGUCUGUAAACCAACAUAUAUAGCAAGUUAAAGUAAUAAUAGCAUAAUUUUGGUAAAAUAUUCAAAAUAGAAAUUGAAGAUAGAUGCUUUAUCAGGAGUAUAUUUUUUAUUAUAUUUAGAAUUAUAAAUUAAAUGAAGAUGUAUUAUUAUCUGUUUGUGUUGUAGUUAAAAGAUAUAAUCAAACACAUAAAGAUUAUGAACCUAUAGAUGAUAUGAGUCACAUUAAUCCAUUUGCUAUUACNAGUCUGUUAAUAAUUUUAAAAAUGGCAGUUUUUAAUUCAUUAUUUACCAAAUUUGAUUAGUAUUUUUUAACUUUUCUUUAUCAUUUUUAAUAAUUGGAAAUACUUCAGAAAAUUAAUUUCUUACUUUGUUUUUAUAAUUUAUUUUCCUUUUAUAGAUAAAGCGAUUUGUUUAUAUAGAUAUUUUUUUAAUUAUUUGGGUAAAUAAAAAUAUUUCAUCUAUUCUAUUUUAAAAUGUGGCAUUUUGAAAAGCCUUCUCUAUUAUGA